AUGCUGGGCCGAUUGCUCAGCACGGCUGCAUCCAGCCUGAAUCCGGCUACGUACACGUCACGAAGUCAUGGACCUCCUCUAGAAUCGGUGACCGAGGAGGAACACACAUCCGGCUUAUUGUUUCCAGACGCGAGCCUCCUCCGUCGAUCCUAUGCCAACACUUAUCCAUUGCAGGCGACGUUUCAUUCUCCAAAUGCCUCCACAGUCGGCGCAUACGAUGAUCGUGGUGGAAUGGAAUUGGACUUCAUGAAGGAUUUCCGAGUGAUUGUGGCUCAAAAUGGGUUAGGAGACCGCGAAGCUUGCAUUUUGCUGGACACUCGCGCUUCCGAAGAUCAUCGGCCAACAGGGCUCGGGAUCGAUCAUAAUGGGGUCGAUCAAUCAGGUUCACGCCAUUCCCGCGCUGUGUCCAGCCUCACUCGAGGCUCUCGCCGAACCCACCUAGCUCAAUCCUCCGUCACAGAUUCCAGUCCUCUGUCAGCUGCCGCUGAUGCCCGACGAACGAUGCCCGCAAGUCCCGGCGCCUUUUCCCGAGCUCGUGGCCGUAGCUCCACUCUAGCACCAGGAGGAACCUGGCACGAACCUGGGGUCACACGUCAUGGGUCUGAUUCCAAUGAUUCAGGUUUGAUCAAUUGUAUCUUCGGUAGCAGCUCCUUUUCCUACGGCUCUUCCACCAAAAUGCACAUCAUGUCGGCCGAUGACGAGCCGGGCAUGGGAGCGAACUCUUCUCCCGCAGUGCGGAGCCCAUUAGCUCGGGCUUACACGACUGGAGGCUCCUCUGGUCCAAUGGGGUCUUCACGAGUGCCUGAAACUAAGCCUCCUGCCAAGGUAACCGUUCUUGUAACUCGCAUGUUCAGCGUCAGCAUAUUGGAAGGAGCCGAUACGUCUGCUGAUCGAAACGAGUAUGCAACCGGGAUAUAUCAGGACUCUCUCCCAGAGAUGGGCUUCCCAUUUCCGGAUGUCUCCAAGCAGAAGAAAAUCAAGGAGAAGAAGACCCCGAUGUACGCAGUGGCAAUCACGAUUCAAGUUCCCCUGCUCGCUCGAGGCUCAGGGCGACCUGUGUCCCGGUUCAGUACUCUGGGUCUUGAUUCUCCGCGAGCCGGGUUAUCGAGUUCUCUGGAUUCUUGUCACCGCUGGCCUGGCGCAUUCCUCGACGAUAGCUUGUCCACUGCAUCGCCUCCUGCCAGUCUGGACGAGCGACUCGAUCUUCUCGUUGAUCAUUGGGAUGUCAUAACCCGGACUUUGUCUCAUUUAGAAAGGCUUGCCAGGAACGAGAUACUGUUCCUCCUGAAGAAAGUGGACUCUCUUACUGGAAUUCAUCCAAAACCGGCGAAACCUCCGAACAUGCAGAGGACGAAUCAGACAAGUGUCCACUUGCCAGCUAACAUACUUUCUGUCAACUCGAAGCUCAAGGAAGAAGCGAUACGCAGCACCCGUCGAAUCGGCCUGGCUCUGCAGAGCCCUUAUGUACUUACCGGUCAAAGUCGAUGGGGAGUGUGGCGUGAAGAAGGUCGCUCAAUCGUUCGCGCAUUAGGCGACAGAGAUGCAAAUUUCUUUUUCCUUGUAUUGCUGACUGCAUUCUUGGGCAAUCACACAGAAUGGCUGAGCAUUAUUGGACCUGAGUGGUACCGUCGCCGUCACAGUCAGCAGCAAAAGGCUCGACAGGACAUGGAUCCUGUUUUGACUCAUCGAACAGUGAUUGUGUGCCCGGACAAGAUGACCGCCCGUCGUCUCAUUUUCUUGCUUUCCGCCUUCAUUCCUUCCAAGCAAAAAUUGGAGCCAUUGCCAUCGCCGAUGCGGCCGGGCACAUCGGCCUCCAUGCGCGCUAUUUCCCAAAGCCCACCCACUGUGCCAAUGCUUCGGCAGGAGUCACUACGUAGAGCAAUUGAACGACGUGCCCGUGCGCAACGACUUAUGUCAGGGGAUGGUCAUCAACACCGCCGCUCCGUCAGCGUGUCCUCCCAGGAGUUGCCUCAGCGGUCGAUGGAAACGGCUGAUUCAGUGAACUAUGGGCCAUCGACUGCCGCAGCACGGCGCGGAUCGGAUGCACGUUCAAUCAAGACAUUGAGUGCAACAAUACAACCUAGGGAUACCCGGACACAAAAUACCAGUGGUGCCACGAUUUCCAUGACGACUCAAAGUAGCACAGUGCCCGUGCCACAUUUCACUUCUCAGCAGAGUCGUUCGAGCCAGGGAGGAUCUGACCGCAACAUAGCAGACUCCAAUGAAAGCCUCGCAUCGGAGACUCUGCUGAAGAAUUUACAGCGGAGUGAAAGCUCGUUUUCAACCGUCAAUGGUAGUCUCCCGACGGCCGGAGGACGUUGGGGCGGGAUCUUCUCGGGACUUUGGAGUUCUCGACAGGAGUCCUCCACCGAUGGAUCUGAUUAUUAUUCGCCGGCUGAGGCUCGUAAACGAUCUGUAUCUACGCUAUCAGGACUGCCUCCACGGGCGCCGCCCACCCUGUCUCAAAUGGUGAAAGAAGUUGCCGAGACUGAGGCUGAACAAGACUCUGUGACUGCGCCAAGCGGCAACAUCACCAUUCCAAUCAGUAAUCAUGGCACCGCUGAUGGGUCUCCAGAACAGUCAUCCCUCUCCAGUCACGUUCGUGAGUCGCCUCUCAAACUCUCAGUGCGUGCGGACGAGGGUGUGGUGGAUGUCGAUCUCCCUCUUCCAGGAUUUUUGUCCCUCUCCUCGUCAGGAGACUCGACCAUUGCCUCUCCUAGAAAAACAAGGGCAUCGGUCACGAGUAUGGACGCCAUGGCCUCCACACACAGCAGUGGAUCAGGAUUCCAUGGAACCACGAAGGAGGCUGAUGGCCCCAGCACUCACGUGGCGGGAUGGCUUAAACAUUUUCAUGAAGAUUUUUCUCUUCAGGCUGUUCGGCCGUACAACGCGGUUGAGGCAGAUAUUAAAAGGGCGAUGCGCGCCGAGCCUACCCCAACCAUUGCGUCAAGUCCCGAUGCUGAAGGCACGGAAAAGUGGGUAGAUGUAGCAUCAACCCUGAUUGCUGAUACCAGAAGCUCUUCUGUUAAGCUUCUCAAGCUGCGUCGGAAAAUAAUUGUUGGUCAACCAUAUGGAAAUUCACCGCCGUCGCCUGUCAGUGCCCUUUACACAAGAGGUGCUCGCCAUACAGUCGGAAGCUCAAGCUCUGCCUCCCACUUUUCUGGUCUGUUUGCAAACCAGGGCAAGUCCCCGGACCCAGGUUUCUCAGAGUCCUACGUGCCAACUCAUGUGGAAGAAAGGUUUGUCGAGGAACCCGUCAUGGAUCUUGACGGUAUUCUCGUAGAUGCCGUUGAGAGAGUCCUUGGUCAAAGUGGCUCUUCAUCUCUUGCUCACUCCCGGGCACCGUCACCUUCGCGAGCUCGUCGUGGGGAUGAGAAACCACAAGCAGGUUCUCGUGUUGAAGACGCGCCUCCUAUGGAGGUUCCGCGUGCUGAAUGUCGUAAGAUUGUUUUGGGGGCCCUCGAAGAAGUGGUCAGAAUAGUUACGGCAGACCAUUGUCGCGAGGACACAGAGGGUGGGCUAGGCAUGGCCGACCGAGAGCGAAGAAGGGAGCAGUCCGGCGUAGAUAACUUCUUGCGUCAGGGCAUUCGAAAGUGGCUGCUGGAGGUUGAGGAGUGCUGGUGA